AUGACUGGUAUGAGAAUCAUCCUCGUUGGUCCCCCCGGUGCUGGUAAGGGUACUCAAGCUCCCAACAUUCAAAUGAAGUAUGGCAUUGCUCACCUUGCUACUGGCGACAUGUUGCGCUCCCAAGUUGCUCGCGGCACUGAUCUUGGUAAGGAAGCUAAGCAAAUCAUGGAUCAAGGUGGUCUCGUCAGCGAUGAUAUCGUUGCUGGCAUGAUUCGCGAUGAGUUCUUGAACAACACCGCCUGUAAGAACGGAUUUAUCCUCGACGGUUUCCCUCGUACCGUUGUUCAAGCUGAAAAGCUCGAUGAAUUGCUUAAGGAUUUGAAGCUCGAAUUGAACGCUGUUCUUGAAUUGCAAGUCGAUGAUGAAUUGUUGGUCCGUCGUAUCACCGGUCGUCUCGUCCAUCCUGCUUCUGGCCGUAGCUACCACACUGAAUUCAAUCCCCCUAAGGUUCCCAUGAAGGAUGAUGUUACUGGCGAGCCUUUGGUUCAACGUUCCGAUGACAAUGCUGAUGCUUUGCGCAAGCGUUUGGUUACUUACCACAGUCAAACCACCCCUGUUGUUGACUACUUCAAAAAGGAGAACAAGUGGCACCGUAUUGAAGCUGCUCAAAAACCCGAAGAAGUCUGGCAACAAAUUCUUGAAGUCCUUGAAAAGUCUUCUUAA